AUGCCAACACCAAAGCCAUCUCCAAUGGAAACCCCAAUGAGUACACCAAAACCAACUCCUGUUGCAACUCCAGUCGUAAAUUUUGAUUCAAGAUUUCAAAAAAUUAGAAUAACAAGUGACUAUCGUUAUAUUAACGGAAGUAAAUAUGAUAGCCAAAUUUGUCAUAAAAUAGGAGAAAGAAUUACAGAUAAAUUCGGAACUUUUCAAUGCACUGCUGCAGAUUUGAUGACUACUAAUAAGUAUAAUGCUCUCAUUCAGACUAUUGAAAAUGUUAAAACAUAUUUAACCAAUCUCCUAAGAGUCGAUCAACUUUCAGUACCCAUAACAACAUUAGCAGAAAGUAGUACAACAUAUGAAGGAGGAGAGAAUAUUACAAGCUCAGAUUUGCAUUUAAUAUUUUUCGGACAUCCAAUGCCAUCUAGCUAUACUAAAUUUAAUCCAACUACAAUACAGUGGGAAAUGGAUUAUCAUAGAAUCAUUCAAAUUAAUAUAUUUAUUAAUAUAAAAUUACUCACAGAAUAUCCUUCUGAUGAUUCGGGUGUGAAUUCCACUACAUUUAACCUACUAUUGAACAAAAUUUUAUAUGGCUUAGUUGGAAAUACGUAUGCAUUAUCUUUCCUUCAUCCAAAGUUUUCAAACGAAACCUAUGAUGAUAUUUUUUGUUCUUUCGAUUACAAUGGAAAAGAUUUCAAAGUGUUGCAAACACCUUAUUCUCAUAUUUAUGGAGUUAAACAUUAUGGAGUUGAAACAUUUGAAGGGAAUGUCACAUAUUCUUCGGGAAUAUUGGUUACAGAAAAUGGUCUUCCUAAUCCAAUUAUUUAUAUUCAGGAUAUUUUAGUAGACUCAAUUCAAUAUGAUUCAGGACCAUUUACAAAAGUAACUGAUGUGACAUUAGCGUAUUUGCUAGAUACAGGAAAUUAUGACGUAGAUUGGUCCUUUGCAAAACCAUCUGUGUAUGGCAAUAAAGAUUAUAUUGAUGGAAAUUAUAUCCCAAAUUGGCCAUUAGGUCCUCCAUUAACUACACUUCCACCAUUUACAUUCAACGAUCCAUAUAAUAUAACAUAUUCGGUUGGAUUUGAAUUUAAUUGGUGGGGAACUUCUUCAGAACAUCUGUCAAUUAAUUGUAGCAAUGUGCCAGAUGGUUAUGAUGAUUUUUGUAAUAACCAGGAUUAUUAUGAUCCAAAAAGAUAUAAUUUGGUUCCAAUUGAUAGCGAAGAUGAUUAUGCAUAUCAAUUCCUCAAUUAUCCCAUCAAGUUUUGCGAAGAUGGGAAGGCUACAAUUCCUGGAAUGACAUUUCUCAAUGAUGAUGUGUGUGGAAGCUAUCGAUGCUCUGAUGAUUACAGUUUUGAAAUAGAUAUACCAUUAGAUCUAACAACAGGAGAAUUUCAUACUCUAAACUGUUCAAGUGCUGGAAUAGAAUAUUCUUAUACGGAAAAUAUGACCACAUAUCAAAAGAAUAAAACUGCGAUUUGUCCUGAUCCAGAAAGAUUUUGCAGGGUUAGAAAUGGAUUGAAUAAUAUAUUUACAACAGAUCCAUUUUCAACAGAAACUCCCUUCUCAACUCCAUUAGUAACACCAUGCUCGACUCCAUUGGUUACGCCACAUUCAACUCCAUUAGUUACAUCACAUCCAACUCCAUUAGUUACUCCUGACUCUACUCCAAUUAUCACUAAUUCAGUUACACCCAAAAUAACUCCUGAUUUAAUUAACUUCAAUCCUGAGAAUACACCUGAAGUAACAGCUGCUCCCCAAUCACAAGACACGAAUCCAACCCAUAAACAUGCAAAAAUAUUUACAGAAGAUAGGAAACAGAGAAGUAUGAGUUCGAAAUUAUUAAUUGUUGCUUUAAAUUCUUGUCAAUAA